AUGGCUUCUUUGCUGCAACUCUUGCCUUUUAUCUGCCUGCAUUUUCUUACUGUUAUAGCUUCUUCAUCAUCAUCAAAUCAAACUCCCAAGCCUUACAUUGUUUACCUGGGGAGUUCAUCAAAGAGUGAAAAUGGAGAUGCUGAAGAUACAGAGUUGGCUCAUUUGCAGCUAUUAUCUUCCAUUAUUCCGAGCGAAGAGAGUGAGAGAAUAUCUCUAAUUCACCAUUAUAAACAUGCUUUCAAGGGAUUCUCGGCCAUGCUUACAGAAGAAGAAGCUUUUGCACUAUCUGGCCAUGAUGAAGUUGUAUCAGUCUUCCCUAAUUUGCUUCUUAAAUUCGACACAACUCGUUCUUGGGAUUUCUUAGAAGCAGAAGCCGGAGAAAGAAGCAGAAGCACUUGGUCCAAUUACAGAAAUCAUCAACCAUCAACUGAUGUCAUAAUUGGUGUUAUUGACUCAGGAAUAUGGCCUGAGUCUCCAAGUUUCAAUGACAAAGGAUUUGGUGAAAUCCCUUCAAGGUGGAAAGGUGUUUGCAUUGAAUCUCCUGAUUUCAACAAAUCCAAUUGUAAUAGGAAGUUGAUUGGCGCAAGAUACUAUGUGGCCAACAAGAGUGACACUGGUUCAGCAAGGGAUUAUGACGGGCACGGGACUCACUGUGCCUCAACUGCGGCUGGUGCCCAUGUGGCCAACGCUAGCUAUUAUGGCUUAGCUCAAGGCAAAGCAAGGGGUGGCUCACCUUCAUCUCGGCUUGCUAUCUACAGCGCCUGCAAUGCAUUCGGUUGCCUAACUUCAAAUGUUUUGAAGGCAUUUGAUGAUGCAAUUCAGGAUGGAGUAGAUAUAAUUUCUGUCUCUCUUGGCUUCAACCAACCAUACUUACAUGAUCCCAUUGCUAUUGGAGGCUUUCAUGCAGAACAACAUGGAGUUUUGGUAGUCACUUCUGCUGGAAACGCUGGACCUCUUCCUUCCACCAUUACAAAAACAGCUCCAUGGGUUUUUACUGUUGGUGCUUCAACCAUUGACAGGAAUUUAGCAUCCACUGUGCUUCUCGCAAAUGAGAAAUCUUUUCAGGGAUCCGCCAUUAGUUUUUCAAAUCUCACCAGAUCGAAGACUUAUCCCCUUGCAUUUGGAAAGGAUAUUGCUACUAACUUAAGCGUUGUUUCCCAAGCAAGGAGUUGCAGUAUAAGAUCUGUCGAUCCAAACAAAACUGUCGGAAAAAUCGUUGUUUGCAUUUCCAGUGAUUCAACUAUUCCAUGGGAAUUAUUUACGAGAUUAGCCGAAGGGUACAUUUUAGUGGAUGAAGAUUAUAAAUAUGUGCCUUCCGAUUCAGGCCUAUUUCCAUUUGUAGUAGUUGGCAACUCGGACGGAUCUCAGAUCAUUAACUACAUCAAUUCUACCAAGAAUCCAACAGCAACGAUCCUCCCAACAGUUGAAGUUCCAAGGUACAAGCCCGCACCAGUUGUUGCACCUUUCUCAUCAAGAGGUCCAGGAGCUUUCACCGAAAACAUUCUCAAGCCUGAUGUAACCGCACCAGGAGUUGCCAUUUUAGCUGCAAUAGUUCCGGAUGAAGAGAGUGAUCUGACUGGAGAGAAGCCAGCAGAUUAUGGUUUUAUGUCUGGAACAUCAAUGGCUUGCCCACAUGUCGCUGGAGCUGCUGCUUUCAUCAAAUCACUGCACCCUACUUGGACUUCUACCAUGAUCAAAUCCGCUCUUAUUACAACAGCCACCGUGUAUGAUAACAUUGGAAAACCACUGAAAAACAGCUCAGGAUAUUAUGCAAAUCCACACGAGAUAGGGGCUGGAGAAAUUAGCCCACCUAAUGCUCUUAAUCCAGGAUUUGUAUUUGAAACAACAACGGAAGAUUAUUUCAGAUUCCUUUGUUAUUACGGUUUCUCAAACAAAAUUAUCAAAUUAAUGACAAGCACCAAUUUUAACUGCCCAAAGAAGUCCAGUCACGAGCUCAUCUCCAACAUAAACUAUCCUUCAAUCUCCAUAAGCAAGCUUGAUCGCCACAAAGCUUUCAGAACUAUCGAAAGAACAGUGACAAACGUCGGCUCGAUGAAUGCCAUUUACACUGCAAGUAUUCAAGCUCCUUCAGGAUUAGCUGUGAACGUAUAUCCUGAGAAGAUUGAGUUUGCUGAGAAUGUAACAAGGGUUUCUUUCAAGGUUUCAUUCAACAGCAAGGAGGCUGAUAGUGGGUACAACUUUGGUUUAAUAACAUGGUGGGAUGGUCAAGACAACUAUGUUCGAAUAGUGUUUGCAGUGAAUGUUGAAUAA